AUGUUUUUAUAUUUUACCAUUUUCUAUGGUGUGCUGCUAGUUGCUUCAUCACAUUUAUGCGUUGAAGAACAUUCACAGGAUGAAUCAUUAAGGCAUUGUGCAACGCACCAAAAUAAUCCUGAAUUGGAUGAUUCACUCUUUGAUGUUGAACCUUUGCAUCUAUUUGAACCAGUCCGACUGAACAUUUCAAUUGAAACCCUGGGUGGAGUUGCAACCAUCAUGAUCAAGAAAAAUAUGUUGCUGCCGACUACCAAAACAAAGAUACUUAGUUUGCCUUUGGAUGAUGAGAACUAUGUAACAAUCAAUAUUUAUGAAGGACUUGGCAAAAUGGUUGAAUACAAUAAUCUCAUUGAUAGUUUUAAACUGCGCUGUACCACGCCUACACAGCACGGUAUCCUACCUGCAAAGUGUGAUUUGCUAGAUAUAGAAAUAACAUGUGAUGUGGACAACAACGGUAUAUUGGUGGUAACCGCACGUGAAAAAAGCAGCAACAAGAGUGAGAUGCAUAUAGUUAGUAAUUUGAACAGAAAGACUACGCUUGAACAGAUUGAAGAGGUGUACAAGAAGUAUAAAGAGUUUGAAGAAGCGUUAGGGUUAGAGGUUAGUAGUGGUUAG